AGAUACCGCCCGAGUCGCCAGAGGCUGUGGACCGAUGCAAAUUUAAAAGGGAGGCUUCGCCGAAACGUUUUCAUACUGAUCAAGAAAGAUAGCAGAUGCUAAUCGAGAACUUCCAUCUUUGAACCUGAGCUUCCUGGAGAGAUCGUUUUCCAUCGAAACUGAAAAGAUGAAUUCAAAAUCCAGCGUUUGUUACACAGCCUCAAGUUUAUUGAUAUCACUGAUAUAUCAUAUCAUCUUUGUGAAGAUAACCAAUUGUUAUGAGUCUGGAGUGCUACCUAGAGUCACCGUGCUUUCAAGUCAGACGCUUGAUUUAUCACAAUGGCGUGCUAACCUGGACAUAGAUGUUGUAAAAUUUCCUGCGGGAAACCUUAGUUUCUAUGAUGCUCUGAAAGUCGCAGAAACGAUUUCUAGAACAGUGCAAGAAGGAAAUGGAACCAAGGCUAUCAUAGGGUCUGGUAACAAAUUCAUUGACAGGUUAAUCGCAGGCACGCUUGGAUUGUUGGUGGUCCCAUUCAUAAGUAUCUUGAGGCAGGAUGAGUAUCAGGGUCAGCUCUAUAUUAACCUCAGCCCAUCAACACUUACGGAGCACAUUAGCAUUGCUUUUAAAAUUGCCGAUCAACUUGGUUGUCAACAUGUCGCAGUGUUCACCUCCAGCUUUCACAGGUCAGAAAUUCUGCAACAGAUUCAAAAUCAGACAAGGAAAUCUUAUAUCUCCUCAAGCAUUACAGAAUUGCAUCUUAAUGACACGCCUAUUGGCAUUGCGAGAAUGAUGACAGAAAUUUUUAAGAUCACUGUAAACUACAACUCAGUUUUGGUUGUAAUGGACUGCAGUGAACAGGACGCUUCGUUCCUCAUAGAAGCUACUUACACUGUCAAUAUAAACCCUGUGCAAUUUCAGUGGUUGUUUCUUAGAGAGGAGGAAAAUAGCACUGAUGAAGUGAUAUCCCUUCCUAUAAAUGUGUUUGGCCUACGUUCAAAAUUUGAUAAAAAGCAAUGGGUGCAGGAUGCAUUGCUCCUCCUUAAUGGCUCGCUUUAUUCAAGUAACGACCAGAAUAAAUUUACCAACAUGGGAUCCGUCAGCUCAAAAGUUACCGACCAAUUUGAACUAUACAGAAAAAUGCUAGAUCAGGCGUUCUUGGGAAAAACAGGAUGGGUUCAGUUCGACGAGAAAGGAAACCGAGUGGCGACUAGUUAUGAUAUCAUCAUCACAUUCCGUGAGAACUCAUCAAGUUCAGGGGAAGUGGCAUGGGCUACCGUGGGAUCUGCAACAGGCCAUCGAGUCAGCUUUCAAAGGUCGUUAUGGACGACCAAUGUUUGUGAUCACAAAGAAAUACUUCGAGUGGUGGGUAUUGAAGAAGAACCAAUGUUGAUAGUAAGUAAGGAAGAUGUGGCUACAUUCAGUGAGUGCGUUUUGAGUUACCCUUGCACAAAAUACAAGCACUAUGAUAACAACUCCGAGCAAAAUACACCGAUAAAGUGCUGUUGUACUGGCUUUCUAAUAGAUCUCUUGCAGUGGCUUGAAAAAGACUUAUCUCUUUCGGUGGAGUUGUAUUUGGGUAGGGAUGGCAAGUAUGGGGCUUACAAUGCGGACUCUAAAGAAUGGGAUGGAAUGAUUGGCGAUUUGCUUUCCAACAGAACUGACAUGGCUCUUUCAGCGUUGACUACAACGAGAAUGAGGGAAAAAUACAUUGACUUUUCUUAUCCAUUUUUUCAUGGAGAAACAAAGCUGCUCAUUUCUGUCACUCCAGUAAGAGUUAAUGUGGAAAUUGGGUUCCUGGCACCGUUUGACAAAGCCUUGUGGAUUGUCUUUUUGGCUACUGUCAGUGGUGUUCUUGCAACAGUAUGGCUCAUGGAAAGAAUAAGUCCGAAUCGCCAACGGAUAAUCUUUGCAGAAAAGGACACCAAAUUCAGUUUGUCGACAUGUAUGUCUUACAUUUGGAGUAAUGUAGUGAAACUUGAGUUGGAAGGCAAGAAGCCACAGAGCAUUAGUGCGAGACUUACAACUGCUGUGUUUUCCUUCUCAACACUGAUAAUAAUUACAACAUACACGGCUAAAUUGGCAGCUUCUCUUGUUCAGCUGGAUGGAGAAUCCCCUGUCACAGGGAUUAAAGAUCCUAAGUUUCAAGAUCCUCCGCCAGGCUUCACAUUUACCACUCUUCAUAGUAGUAGCAUACUGUCCUUCUUUACAAACAGUGAUGAUCCUGCAUACAGAAAAAUAGGAAGAAACAUGAUUCCCUAUACUGUGAGGAGCUACAACGAGGGCCUCGAAAAACUAAAGAAAGGGGAAAUUAAAGCCUUCAUCUACGACUCACCAUUCAUUGACCUUGGAGCUUCCAAGAUGCCCGGAUGUUCGUUUAAAGUAGUAGGGAACCCAAUAAUUACUGUAGCAUACGCCAUAGGAUUUCCCAAAAACUCGAAGUGGAGAGAUCCGGUUUCAAAUCUGUUGCUUAAAUACCAAAAAAUAGAUUACUUUAGGAAACUGAAAGAAAAAUGGUUUAGAGGAGGCUGUUUUUAUACCGGUCGAUCAUCUCAAAGCGCUGAAGAGAUGAAGCCUGUUAAUUUUGGUGGCCUUUUCUUUAUAUUAGGUGGAGCGAUAGUUGUGUGUUUUCUUAUUUUACUUGGAGAGUGCCUGUGGUCACGCUAUGAACGAAAGGAAGGGAGAUAUACCCCUAAAAGAAUCGGACAGAGUAACAAGUCCUCAAUAAUUCUUUCCUUCUCUGACGAGCAAAGAAAGGAGCGAAGCCAGGGUGGAAAUUUUAGCACGCGUGUUCGAUCUGAGACAAUUCCUCCUUUCUUGGUAGUGUAG